UAUAAAAUCUGUUUAUUUGAAGUGGGAGGAAGUGAGCAUUAUGGAUGAGAAGAACAUCCCCAUCAGGACAUACCAGGUGUGUAACGUCUUAGAACCCAAUCAGAACAACUGGCUAAGGACGGACUGGAUCCCUCGAUCUGGAGCUCAGCGGGUCUACGUCGAAGUCAAGUUCACUUUGAGGGACUGCAACAGCCUACCAGGGGUCACUGGCACCUGCAAGGAGACAUUCAAUCUUUACUAUCAUGAGUCAAACGAAGACAGAGAGAGCUACAUCAAAGAGAGCAGCUUCAUUAAGGUGGACACUGUGGCAGCAGACGAGAGCUUCACCCAGGUGGAUGUCGGAGACCGCAUCAUGAAACUGAACACAGAGGUGCGAGAUGUAAAAGUCACAACGCGGAAAGGCUUCUACCUGGCUUUUCAGGAUGUUGGUGCCUGCAUUGCUUUGGUUUCUGUCAGAGUUUUCUACAAAACCUGCCCACUCACCAUUCGGAAUUUGGCGACUUUUCCUGACACCAUCACUGGCGCUGAUACGUCUUCUUUAGUGGAGGUCAGAGGGUCCUGUGUCAACCAAUCGGAAGAAAGAGAGGAGCCUAAAAUGUACUGUGGCGCUGAUGGGGAGUGGUUGGUUCCCAUUGGUGGAUGCCUUUGUAAUUGGGGAUAUGAAGAGAAGAGCGGUGCGUGU